UCCCCUAUCUCUUUCUGUCCUGAUGUACUCCAAAGACACAAAUCGCAUCUUUGCAACAGAUUAAAUCCGCGAACGCACGUAUUGGUGGGCUUUGCGAUUUCCUCUCAGUUUUCGGUAUAUUCGUGAAACCGUAAGAUUAUCAAGCCCAACACAGAACCGGUCCCACCAGUAGGGCAAAGCAACAUUGAUAAUCUUGCGGGUAUUUUGUUUGUCGUGUAGUUUUGCGUACCGUAGUGUGCUGCUGGUUUGCAUGUUAGUUGCACGGUAUACAAUGAGGUGGUUAGUUCGUUCGAUCGUGUCCUUCUCGCUGGUACUGGUGGCGGUCGGCGAAUCGUUAAACAGUGGCGAUGCGUGCAAAACGCCAUCCGGUACGGCGGGAAUCUGUGAACCGGUGAGAAACUGUUCGUAUGUGCGAAAGAUCCUGCAAAGUCCGGACUUUUCGCACUACGAUACAGAAUACCUGGAAACGCUAAAAUGCGGCGCAAUGAAGAUCCCCAUGCGGAGUAGACCUCUUCCCUUGCUGUGUUGUCCAAAGUUCGACAAUUUACGUAGCUGUGGAGCUCAGAACAUUGGUAAUCGGAUCUAUUUCGGUGAGGAAACUGAACGAGGUGCACAUCCUUGGGCUGGCCUGCUGUUUUAUGAUGUUGGUAGAAAUCGGACCUUACCUAAGUGUGGUGGUUCCCUCGUUACGGAACGGUAUGUGAUAACGGCUGCACACUGUACCGUAGACAAACCGAACUGGAAGCUACUGUACGUGCGUUUCAAUGAGUUCAAUACGAGCAGCACGGAUAACUGUACUACAUUGGAGGACACUGAUGAAGUCAUCUGCCGGGAGGAUUAUGCGGUGGAGUCGAUCGUACCGCACCCCGAGUACAACAUGCACAACAACGCGCGCCCCAACGAUAUCUGCAUCCUACGGCUCGCUACCGAUGUCACGUUUAACGAGUACAUACUUCCUCUCUGUUUGCCGUUCGAUCUCGACAUCCAAAACUUACCGGUUGCGGACGAAAUGUUCACAGUGACCGGUUGGGGAGAAACAGAAGACAGAAGACCCAGUGAUGUACAGCUACACGUAGACCUACCGGGAUUGGACAAUAGUGAGUGCAAUUCGGUGUACGCCAUAGCGAACGUCACCCUCACGGAUAGCCAGCUGUGCAUUGGUGGAUUGAACGGUUCUGAUUCUUGUCGAGGUGAUUCCGGUGGACCAUUAAUGCGAAAUGUUGCCGGGAUUUGGCAUCUUGUCGGGGUCGUUAGUUUUGGUGCAAGGUUUUGUGGAACGAAAAAUUUGCCCGGCGUGUACACAAAUGUAGCGAAAUAUUUGGACUGGAUGGAAACCGUUAUGUUCGUGGAGCAGUACUUGUAAACACGAUCGUAAAUAAAAAGUGUAUUCUUACUGCUUUUUGCAAACAACA